AUGGCGCCAAAAAUUGAAGAAUUACCUGAUGAUUACCAUAAUCAACCUGAGCAGCCUGUUCAGGAAGAUUUACAGGUCAAACCCCCAAUUAAAAAGAACCCGUUUGCCGCAAAACGAGGUACAACGAUGAGAAGAAACCCAGAUGAAGUUUACCCAGAAAGAAGAGGUUUAAAUAAACUAGAUUAUUUGGGGGAUAAGCCACUUGACCUAUUAUUUCAAAAACUUGAAAAGAUUUUGGAGUCCCCUUACGAUGAGAUCACAAUUGAACAACUUUCUGAAAAGAUUUUCCAUGGCCAAGAACAAGACCAAUCUUGUUCCAGGUACAAUGUCAUCAAGUUUCUUAUGGAUCAAUUGAUCCAGGUACAGGAAGCGUCACUAGAAAGUCGAGUUGGAGAGAACAAUUCACUCAUUACAAUAUCUUUGCAUGAUUUAAAAACUUUUGGCAAACUUGUGAAUACCAUUGUCAUUCUUGGAGUUUACCCUGCAUUAAGUGCAUUUCAUAUAGGUAUACCUUUUGCAAAGAGGAAACUUAAGGAUACCACCGACAAAAGUAGACCCGCGCAUAUUGCAAAAUUGGAACCGUCGCCAGCAAUGGAACUAUUAUUAUUGUUAUAUGAAAAGUUUUAUAUCUUAUUUCAAACACGGUCAGAUGUAACGGACUUGUUGAGCAAAGGAACAGGAUUCACCGAUUUUCUCACCAUUGCCAUAGCUCUCAUCACCAUUCCAAGAUGCAACAAUAUCAACAACAAUAUUGGCAACAAGAAUGGCAACAGCAAAGAACAAAUUAUUCAGCAAUUUCGAGGAGUUGAAAAGAUUGCAGAGACCUAUGAGUUGCUACAAACAUAUUCCCUACUACUAACCACGCCAUCGCCGUCUUACUUUAAGCAAUUUGUGAUGCAGAAAAUUCAGACUCUCCCGUAUGAUGCACCUCGAGGAGACGGUUUGCUUACAUUGAUAGAAUACGUCUUGGGUUUGCGUGAACAAGAAGAUAUUGAUAUCAUCAAAUUCGACCAAGUGGCAAACGUGGUGCUUCUGAAACCAAAGGAGAUAAAAACGACAGAUUACUUUACGUCUAUUGGAAAACAAUCGUAUAAUCUUUUAGUAAAUAUUAAUAGGCCGCAUGUUGCCUCUUGUGUAACAUACAUCAUGGAAAAAUUGUGGGAGAGAAAUAAACUUGUUGUCAAUGACUUUUUCUUGCAGCAAAUAUGGAGAGUUUUUGAACCUAGGGAAAGGAAAAAGAGUUUGUCAAAUAUAAAAAAUGAAAACCUGUUGGUUUUAGUUUCAGAAAAAGAAUUCAACAAUGGAAUUAAUGUCCUUAUAUCAAUUUCUAGAAAAGGUUUGGAAGCAAGCUUGUACCAUGCAGUUAUGGAACCUGUUAUAUUGCCAUUGUGGGGUUAUUAUUUGUUUCUUAAAAAGAAUGGGAAAUCCGUGGAGAUCAUCAGCACAAUACUAACAAGUUAUUUCACUGUGAUCAAAGACUUUGAUGAAAACAGCUUUACUGGGGUCGAUAAGAUACGGAAAAACCUUUUGUUCGAUGGUGGUAAUGAGGAGAAAUGGAAAUACGAAGUUGGCGCAAAUGGGCUACCGCAGAUUGUUAAAAGGACUGCGGAGUUUACUUCACAAAGUAAGGAAGUAAAACUUACAAAGUUUAUUGAGGAUAUCGACUUUGCCUGUACAAACUUUGUAAGUUUGCUCAAGGAUGUCGAUGAUGAGAUUGUCCAUGCCAUAUUUAUUGAAACCUUGAGGCAAUGGCUCAGUGGUAACAAAGGCAAUGGUGCUAGUACUAGUCCUGGUGCUGGUGCUGGUGCUGGUGCUGGCGUUGGCAGCGGUUAUAAUUUUGUAUUGGGUGAGACUGGUCAAAAUCCAUUUAUCAAAUUAAUGGACUUGAAAGUGUUGGAGGGUAUAGGUCAAACUUUCAAGGAAAGUUUGGCUAGAACUCCGCAUGAGAUGUUGACUAUAGUCCAUAGUUUUCUUGAGAAUCUUCCUGAUGAAGCCGAUUCAAUGCAAGGCAUAAAUACUACUAAAGAUGCCGAUUCUGAUGACGAAGAUGAUGAGAAUUUUAGCGACGAGAACGAAAAAGAGAGUUUAUUACCAGUGUUAUUGGAACUACUUUCUGCUAUAUUAACCGAGAGUGACGUUGUUAUUGAUAAAUCUUCAUCCGCUGUACUACUCAAGAUCAAAACAUCACUUUCGAAUAUCAUAGACGAAGGUCUUAAUUCCAAUGUCAAGAGCUCGGCAGAGGCGCUUCAGCAAAGGAUUACAAACUUAUUGUCGGGGGAGAUUGCUACAGCCACUAACAAAAUUGAUGCGCAAAAGACCAUGUUAAGCAGGGCAAUUACCAGCUUGAAUGAUCCUCUAGUUCCUAUACGUGCGCAUGGUCUUUAUUUGUUGAGACAACUAGUUGAGAUGCGGAGCGAGGUGAUCUCGCUUGACUUUGUCAUUAAUUUGCAUCUAGUGCAACUUAAGGAUCCUGAACCGUAUAUCUACUUGAAUGUGAUCAAAGGGUUAGGUGCCUUGAUCGAGUGGGAAGAAAUACCCGUGCUCAAAAUCUUGUGUGGACUAUACCGUUCGAAAGACACCGAGCUCGAUGAGAGGUUACGAAUUGGUGAAGUUUUACUCAAAUACAUACAACUUGCCAAUGAGACAUUUGCUGGUGAGUCUGCUGAAUUGGUAGUGGAAUCCACGCUAAGUGUUAUUCGCACACACGAUGAGGAUAACCGAAUAAGAAUGUCGGCAAUGUCAUUGUUGGGGAUCUGUUGUAAAGUUCACCCGCUUGGAUUAAUCGGACACUUGGAAGCUGCUUUAGAUUGUGCCAUUGGGAUCUUGAAUCUCGAAACUAGCAAGGAGCAAGCAAUUAUGAGGCGGGCGGCUGUUAUGCUAAUUCAGGACUUGGUUAUCGGGACUUCGGAAACCGAUAAAGUUGAAUUUCCAAAGAAAUAUCAGAGACAGAUUUCGACAUUGUUGAAAUAUGUUGAGCACACAGAUAAUGAUAUUUUUGUUAGAGAGCAGAUUCAAAAUUUAAAUCUAAAUUGA